GCCGCUGCCGUCGUUUUCUUCCUUAAUCGCUCUCGUCUAUUUCUCCACCUCCAAUGGAAAAUUCGUGGAGCUCGACAAGGAACACAGAAGGCAGGAGCGACCUCUGCUACGCGAGACGAUGGGAAAGCCGCUGGAGCACGUCUUCGUAGAUUGAUUUCGUGUGUCCUUUCAGAUUUCAUGCAUCGUGGUGAUUAUUGUGGAAUGACUUGGUUUUCCUGCUUCGAUCUCUACAUCAGUUGUAUUUCUGUUACUAAAGCUACAGACUUGGUGAGUUUUGGUUGAGUUUCAUGCAAGUGUAGAGCAAUGUAGUGUCAAAGUUCAGGUUUUUAUUAGGUUUCCCUAAAAAAUGAAGCAUAUGUGUUGCAGAUUUUGGUUUGAGUUCGGAAGUCCUACUGGAUCUUGUUUAUAAUUGAUUAACAUUUCAAUUCCUUGGGGUUGACUUCUGGAAUUGGGCAACUUUGUAUGAGCUAUAUCUUGCCGAGGAUUACAUUGGUUCUAGUUGGAAGUUUCUUGGAAUCACAUGAUCUGUGAAGGAUUAUGGCACCGGGCACGGAAGUCUCUCCGCCAUUGACUAUGUUGGAUAGAAAUCUCAGAAGCAAAGACAAUGGAUCUUCGCUAGGCGGUGACAAUGGAGAUUCAGAGUCAUCAAAGAUCUCUAAGGGUGCAAGAGUUCAAAAGCCCCCUAAACACCUUUCAGUAAUUCACCAUUCCGCAAGCACUGCCCGCCUGGGCUUCGAUUUGGGGACUCUUGCUUUGAUAUCUCCUGAGCAAGGUAAGACUGCUUUCUUACCUGUGUUCAGGUCAGGCAGUUGCUCGGAGAUUGGGCCAAAGUCGAGAAUGGAGGACGAGCAUAUCUGCAUUGAUAAUUUAGUCAGUCAUUUUGGAGCUUCUGUGAAAUUCCCAUCUCCUGGUGCUUUUUAUGGAGUUUUUGACGGACAUGGAGGAUCUGAUGCAGCUUAUUUUGUGAAAAAUAAUAUCCUCAAGUACAUAAUUGACGACAAGGAUUUCCCUGUCAAUCUGGAUAAGGCAUUAAAGAGUGCAUUUCUGAAAGCUGAUCUUGCUUUGGCCGACUCCCCUUCACUGGAUCUGUCAUCCGGAACUACAGCACUUACUGCACUAAUUUUUGGAAGGUCACUGCUAAUUGCUAACGCAGGUGAUUGUCGGGCUGUUUUAGGAAAGCAUGGUCGAGCUAUUGAGCUUUCGAGAGACCAUAAACCUAACUGCAAAACUGAACAACUUAGAAUUGAAAAGCUAGGAGGCAGUGUUUUUGACGGAUAUCUCAAUGGCCAACUGUCUGUAGCAAGGGCUCUUGGUGACUGGCACAUGAAGGGCCCUAAAGGUUCUUCCAAUCCGCUUAUAGCUGAACCAGAGUUGCAGGAGACAAUCUUAACAAAAGAAGACGAAUUUUUGAUAAUGGGCUGCGAUGGCCUUUGGGAUGUUAUGAGCAGCCAAUGUGCAGUGACUAUAACCCGGAAGGAACUCAUGCAACACAAUGAUCCAGAGAAAUGUUCUCGAGAGCUGGUGCGAGAAGCAUUGAAGCGCAACACCUGCGACAACUUGACUGUUGUGGUUGUCUGCUUUUCUUCAGAUCCUCCCCCUAGCAUCGAAAUCCCAAGGACCCGAGUUCGUAGGAGUAUUUCUUUAGAAGGGCUACACGUCCUGAAGGGAGCUCUGGACACUAACAUUUGAUGUUGAUCGUCUGGUGUGGUAGACCUCUAUAGAUUGGAGGCUCUCAACUUUUUUGGCAUCCUCGAUGAAUUAAAUUAUGUUGGCUGCUGAAUGAAUUAAACAUUAAUCUAUAAUUUUUCUACAAA